GAAAGUUUUCCCUCGCGACUACAAAAGAGCUCUCAACGAGGAGAAGGCCAAGAAAAGAGCGGCAGAGGAGGAGGAAGCGCGACUGGCCGCUGUGGAUGCUUUCCAGGAAUUGAAGAAAAUGGCUGAAGCAGCUACCAACGGAGGAGCGGCUGCAGUAGCCGAGACUCCGGCCAAAGCGCGGCCAACAAAAAUUCCGGACGCUGUUAAGCAUCGGGGAUUUAUCUCGUAUGAACGAGAAACACUUCCAUAUCGCCCGGCCCAGGAACGAAUGCAAGACUGGAAUGAGGUCCUUGCUACCGCCAGGAAUGAUGACCUCCUUAAAACCCAGUCUGCCCGGUGUAUGGAUUGCGGCACUCCAUUCUGCAACCAGGAUAAUAGUGGAUGUCCCCUUGGAAACAAGAUUCCGGAAUGGAACGAACUUGUUCACCAAGGUCGUUGGCGGGAAGCCUUGGACAGGCUCCUGGAAACCAACAACUUUCCAGAGUUCACGGGACGUGUGUGCCCUGCUCCUUGCGAGGGUGCCUGUGUUUUGGGAAUUAUAGAGAACCCGGUCUCUAUUAAGACGAUGGAGUGUACCAUUAUCGACAAAGCCUUUGAGGAAGGUUGGAUGGUUCCUCGUCCGCCAGCUUAUCGAACCGGGAAGAGAGUGGCGAUUGUAGGUAGCGGUCCGGCAGGUCUAGCAGCCGCUGAUCAGCUCAAUAAGGCCGGCCACUCCGUGACAGUGUUUGAGCGAGCGGAUAGAAUUGGAGGCCUCAUGAUGUACGGUGUACCGAACAUGAAGACCGAUAAAGUGGAGGUCGUUCAACGGCGAGUGAACCUGAUGGCUGCCGAAGGGAUCGAGUUCAUCGUUAAUGCGAAUGUCGGAGUUGACAAGUUAUUCUCGGUGGAGAGGUUAAUGUCCGACUAUGAUAGCUUACUACUUGCUUGUGGCGCUACUAAGCCCAGGGACCUUAAAGUAGAAGGCCGAGAAUAUGAAGGCAUACAUUUUGCGAUGGAGUUUCUUCACGCGAAUACCAAGAGUUUGCUGGAUUCGGGGCUCAAGGACAACAACUACAUAUCCGCCAAAGACAAGAAGGUGGUGGUGAUAGGAGGAGGCGAUACAGGCACAGAUUGCAUCGGCACUGCAGUCCGCCACGGCUGCAAGAGCGUUGUAAAUCUGGAGCUACUUCCUCAGCCUCCUGCAACUCGUGCACCGGGGAAUCCUUGGCCACAGUGGCCACGAGUUUUCCGCGUCGAUUACGGGCAUGCCGAGGCAAAGGAGAAGUUUGGUAGUGACCCCAGGUCGUACGAGGUGACUACAAAGAAGUUUAUCACCGAUGGUGAUAACCGUGUCAGCGGCUUGGUGCUCAAACGGGUGCGGUGGUUUAAGGACGCGAGUGGGAGAUUCCAGAGGGAGGAAAUCGAAGGGUCGGAAGAGAUAAUAGAGGCAGAUUUGGUGCUCUUGGCCAUGGGAUUCGUGGGACCAGAACAGGACGUAGCUGAGAAGCUCAAAGUGGCUACCAAUGAUGCAGCAACCACAUUUAAAGCAGAGUAUGGCAAAUUUGCUACAAAUGUCAAGGGUGUCUUUGCCGCUGGUGACUGUCGAAGAGGACAAUCGCUGGUUGUGUGGGCGAUUGCCGAAGGGAGGGAAGCGGCAGCACAGAUUGACAAGUUUCUGAUGGAAGACACUUCCAAGGUUGGCGAGGAGCUCAAGGCUGCUCGGAAGAAGAUGGGGAUGUUGAUAUAAAAUGGACAGCCAAAUUUUGCCUGUUGUAAAUUUUGUUGGGUUGGUUUUUAUCCUAAUUAAAUGAGUGGUUCUAAUCAAAAAUUAUAUUUAGCGUA